ACACUUCCUCAUAACAACAGCCUCUUCCACCUGAAAAAAGAGAGCAGUUGCUUUUAUCGCAGGCACCGCCUAAAGUACGCCGUGAUAUAGCAAAACAUGUUUCUUUUGUAAGAGUGCCGGUUUCUCUGUCGACACUACAUCCUGGAACGCGGCCACGCCGAGGCCGAUAACGCAGGAGAUACGCCGGCGUCGUGUUCAACCACGCGCAGCGUUCUCGGAGUUUAAGUGGACAAGACGGCUCGCAAAUCUGCAGCGGCAUGGGUCGCGUAUUCCUCGUGCUGCUUUUCGUGACGGCCUUGACCCUCCGCACCGACGGUGCCGGGACCGCGAGGUCUUUCACAGUCGACUACGUCAACGAUCGCUUCCUGAAGGAUGGUCACCCCUUCCGGUACAUUUCUGGAUCCUUGCACUACUUCCGCGUCCCCAGGGAGUACUGGAGAGACCGCAUGGAAAAAAUGAGACUCGCCGGCCUCAACGCUCUCCAGACGUACGUGGAAUGGAGCGGCCACGAACCGGAACCAGGAACUUUCAACUUCGAAGGCAACUACGAUCUCAAGGCCUUUCUGGACACCGCGAACGACGUCGGGUUGCUCGUGAUACUCAGGCCGGGCCCCUUCAUAUGCGCCGAGAGAGACAACGGCGGCUUGCCGUACUGGCUGCUUAGGCUUAACCCGCAAAUGCAAUACAGGAGUUCGGACCCAUCUUACACGUCUCGCGUAGAGAAGUGGUUCGACGUGCUGCUACGAAUGGUAGAGCCGUACCUGUACAAGAACGGCGGUCCCAUCAUCGCCCUGCAAGUUGAGAACGAGUACGGCCAGUACGUCACCUGCGACAAGCAUUACAUGCGGCAACUCGUCAGCCUCUUCACGCGCUACCUCGGCCAAGACGUCGUGCUGUUCAGGACGGACACGCCAGGCGACGCCGUCUACGAGUGCGACAGGGUGCCCGGAACGCUACCGACCGCCGACUUUGGUGCCACCGCGAACGUCACGGAAAUGUUUUCAAUCGUGAGGAGGGCGAUGGGACGCGGACCUCUCGUCGUUACCGAGUACUAUCCCGGAUGGCUCGACCUCUGGGGUGUCCCGCACGCGAAAGUAGGCCAGCGCGCGAUGCUGAAGACGUUCGAGGAGAUCCUGUUCCACAACGCGUCGGUGAAUCUUUACAUGUUCCACGGCGGUACAAACUUCGGCUUCACGAACGGCGCCAGUCCGACCCCUCAGACGACGAGCUACGACUAUGGAGCUCCGCUGACGGAGGCCGGCGACCCCGCGGAGAGCUACUUCAACAUAAGAGACAUCGUAGGACGCUAUUUGCCGCUUCCAAACGGCACGCUUCCGGUUCCGGCCCCCAAGCUCAAACUCGGCUCCGUGAACGUUCCGCAUUGCGCGUCGCUGCACAAGAUACAGGAAUUCUUUCGUCAAGACGGGUUCGUCGAGACGGCGACGUCCGAGUACCCGAAGACAUUCGAAGACCUCGGUGCAGCCUACGGUUACGUGCUGUACAGGACGAGAGUGCCAUUUCGCCCCAAGAGCCCGGCUAUUCUGCAUGUUCCCGGGAUCAAGGACAGGGGCUACGUGAUGACCGCGCAGAGUCGAGCGGUAAUCGACAGUCAUUCGGCCGUGCACAGCGCGCCGGUGGUCGCGAGGCAAGGAGAGAACAUCACGAUUCUCGUUGAAAACACGGGCAGGAUUAACGUUGGAGUCGGGAACCAUGAUCCCAAGGGAAUCCUUUCGAACGUUACACUGGACAAACGCGCUCUACUUGGCUGGACAAUGGAACCGGUGCCCGUGAGCAACCCAGACGCAAUGAGAGAUCUGAAUGAAGCCUUGCACUCUGCCACCCACGAGUCGCGCUGUUCCGCCCCUGGCGUUUUUUACGGCUUCUUCGUUGUGCCUUACCUCGAAGACAACGUUCCCGACACCUUUCUGGACACGACUGGCUGGGGGAAGGGGGUGGCGUUCGUCAACGGCUUCAACCUGGGCCGAUACUGGCCUAGCAUGGGGCCGCAGGUAACCCUGUACGUUCCCGGCGUGCUGCUCCAACCGUUCCCGUCGCAGAACACGAUCUUGCUCUUCGAGACAGAGUCUCCCCCAGAGGGCGCCAGGACUGUCCGCUUCGUGGACGUGCCGAACAUCGACGGUCCGGUACCUGAAGGCUCGAUGCGCUCCCGAAUGAUGUAAGGAACGGGCCGGCCGAACUGCUGCGUCGACACGGAGACUCAUAGCUCUGCCGAGGCCUUGCUCGUGGUCGUGAUUGUCAACUCUACUUAUCCACAGCUGCAAAGCUGGGUGUGUGAACUGUUUAGCCUGACUGCUUUCCAACGUCGGCAGCAAAUAAACUACCGUGAGUUGCGAUACGACUGCACGCACGUGAAGUAGAAGAGUGUGCUUUACGUCUUCCCCUC